AUAUCAGUUCAGAGGGGAGGUCUGAAACGGAGGGAAAAAACGGACCGUGGGAAGUCUCCUGGCAGCAUGGCCUUCAGCAGAAAGUAUGAGAUUGAGAGUGAGAAGAAUUAUGAUGAAUUCAUGAAGCAUCUUGGGCUUCCCAGUGACAUGAUUGAAAAGGGUCGCAACUUCGAGAUUGUCACAGAGGAUGGGCAGAACUUCACCUCAUCCCAGCACUACCCUGGGAGCCACUCCAUGACCAACAAGUUCACCAUUGGCAAAGAUUGUGACAUGGUGACCAUAGAGGGGCAAGAAGCUACGGUGCAGAUGGAGGGUGGGAAGGAGGAGGUUGACUUCCCCAACUAUCGCCAGACCUCGGAGAUCGUGGGUGACNGUUUCUUUCAGAUUUCCACCCUCACUGGCGUGACCUAUGAGCACGUGAGCAAGAGGCCGGCCUGA